AGGUUAGAAUUGUUGAAAGAAUCCUGAUUCACUCUGACAAUGACUACUGCUCAGCUCUCUCAUGACACCAGAACACGACUGGAUUCUAAGAGUACAAUUUUCCCAUCCCAAAUCUCUAGUGAGCGCGAGUCCCUGGGGAUGGUGAAGAAGCUUUUUGCUACUUCCGUCUCGUGUAUAACGUAUUUGAGGGGCCUGUUUCCAGAGAGCUCCUACAGAGAUCGCCACUUGGAUGGCCUCAGUUUAAAAAUUCUCCGGGAAGACAAAAAGUGUCCUGGGUCAUUACAUAUUAUUAAAUGGAUUCAAGGUUGUUUUGAUGCUUUGGAAAAGAGAUACCUACAGAUGGCAGUGCUGACACUUUACACAAAUCCCAAGGAACCUGAGAAAGUGACUGAAAUAUACCAAUUCAAAUUCAAAUACACAAAAAAGGGAAUCACUAUGGACUUUGACAGCCAUUUCGGUAGUACAAGCUUUGAAAGUGGGACAAGCAGUGAAGACAUUAAGAAAGCCUGUUCCCUGCUGAUCCAUCAGCUGUAUGUCCUGAUGCAGAACCUAGGGCCCCUGCCCAAUGAUGUUCUUCUUACUAUGAGGCUCCACUAUUACAACUCAGUCACACCACAUGACUACCAACCCCCUGGUUUUAAAGAAGGGGUGAACUCACACUUACUACUGUUUGAUGGGGAGCCAGUGAGUCUUCGAAUGAGUUCGGUCUCCUCUGGCUUUCACAGCAUGAAAGUAAAAGUCACAGCCGAUGCCACCAGAAUGCUCAGUGGGGACCACGGUGUUGUGGAGGAGGAUGGCACUACUGAGAUAUCCCAUCAGGGUCUAGACCACGACGAGGAGGAAGAGUGCAAUAAUCAUAUUCAAAGAAUGAAUUUUGUGCACAUUGAAUCAAGUUUUGAAAGCUCCAGGAAGAAGAGGAAGAUCAGCCAGCCAGUGACAAUCUUCAUCCCUAACAGAAAGUGAAACCUAGGUGCCUUUGCAAAACAUGUAUGAAUUGUUGUAACAGGAAAGUAAGUUCUUAUCCAAAAUCUUUUCCUAAAGCUUUUGCUCAACUCUUUACUCAGCUGAUGAAGCAGCUAGGCUGUUCAGCAGGACAUGGUUCACAGUUCUGGAAGGGAACAAGAUCACCAGGGCUGCCUUG